AUGAAAGCAUCAAAUUAUAACCAAAUGGAGUAGAUCAAAUUCAUUAAUGUUGAUGAGACUUACAAUAAUGGUACUGUAAUUGUAAGGUUCUUGAUCAAUAAGUAAGAGGUUUUACCUUAUAUGGAGUUCUAAUUGAGUGAUGAUAAUUCUGAACAAUAUUCGACGGCCCUAUAUGAUCAUAUUUAUAAUCGCGGUUUAAAAGAAUGUUGCUUCUUAUACAUGGAUGAGCCUUUAAGUUGCAUCUAGAAAAACAGAUUCAAUUUAAUCAGUUCGUUGAGUUCCGAUGUUAUCCUUAAAUUAUUAAAUUUAAGUUAUAUACCCAUAAUAAGAACCAAUAUUUCCAAGUACGAAUGUGACAAAUCUAUUCAAGAAGGAAGUCAUUCAGUUAUUUAAAAGUUGAAUCUCCAAUGGCAGGAAUGCAAAAAGAAUUCUAUGAUAACUAAAGAAUUACUUUCCAUCAUAAAGGAAUUCUAGUCCCUUUAUCGCAUAGAAAUACUCUUGAGAUCCACUUUAAAGCAAAUAAAGAGGGAAACCUAAUAAGAUUACGAUAUUCUUUACAUACCGACAGAUGAGUUAGUACGCUUAAAAUCUAAUCUAGAAAUAUCAAUAACAAAGUGCUUUCCUUAAUUAGAAGAAUUGAAUAAAAGUAAAUUAGCUUAAAUGACAUUUAUAUAUAAAUGA